CGAAAGGCGACGAGCCGCACCACCACCUGGCACCCCACGCCCCACGCGUCCGCUCUCCAGGCUGCUCGCCCUCCCUGCAUGGCGGCGUGGGCGCGGCGCGGCGCCUACUUUACCCCGCACCCCGCGCCGCUCUUCUCGCCCGUACGUUCCGGCUCCCCCGCGCGGUGCUCUUAGACAGUAGUGCUACUGCGACCUCACCUGCGCAGACCGAUGGCGCCGCGGUGGUGCUUCGCGUUGCUCCUGCUGCUGUGUGCGGCGGCCGACGCCUCGAAGGGGAAGUGGGACCCGGUGAUCCGGAUGCCGGGGGAGGAGGAGCCCGCCACGGGCGACGAGAGCUCCGAGAAGGGGGAGGACGGCGUCGGGACGAGGUGGGCGGUACUCGUCGCCGGAUCCUCCGGCUACGGAAACUACAGGCACCAGGCCGAUAUAUGCCAUGCCUACCAGAUAUUGAGAAAAGGAGGCGUAAAAGAGGAGAACAUCGUGGUGUUUAUGUAUGAUGACAUUGCCAACAACCUUCUCAACCCGAGGCCAGGGGUUAUCAUCAAUCACCCAGAGGGCGAAGAUGUAUAUGCUGGCGUUCCAAAGGACUACACCGGAGAGGCAGUUACUGCUAAGAACUUCUAUGCAGUUCUCUUGGGCAACAAAACUGCGGUCACUGGAGGGAGUAAGAAGGUCAUAGAUAGCAAACCAAAUGACCAUAUAUUUAUCUACUACUCAGAUCACGGGGGUCCCGGAGUCCUUGGUAUGCCCAACCUGCCAUAUCUCUAUGCUGCUGAUUUUAUCAAGGUCUUACAAGAAAAACAUGCAUCCAAUACCUAUGCAAAAAUGGUUAUAUAUGUGGAAGCUUGUGAAAGUGGCAGUAUUUUUGAGGGUUUGAUGCCUGCAGACCUCAAUAUUUAUGUCACAACAGCAUCUAAUGCAGAAGAAAGCAGCUGGGGUACAUACUGCCCAGGAAUGGAACCAUCGCCUCCUUCUGAGUAUAUUACCUGCUUAGGUGAUCUCUACAGUAUUUCUUGGAUGGAAGACAGUGAGACUAAUAAUCUGAAGGAGGAGACAAUCAAGAAGCAGUAUGAAGUGGUAAAGAAGCGAACCUCAGACAUGAACAGCUAUAGUGCCGGUUCUCAUGUUAUGGAGUAUGGCGACAAGACCUUCAAGGAUGAGAAGCUUUACCUUUAUCAAGGUUUCAAUCCUGCAAACACCAACAUUACAAACAAGCUAUUUUUGCAAGCCCCAAAGGCUGCAAUCAACCAAAGAGACGCAGAUCUUCUUUUCUUGUGGAGGAGGUAUGAGCUGCUACAUGAAAAGUCUAAAGAGAAGGCGAACGUUCUGAGGGAGAUCAGUGAGACAGUCGCCCACAGGAAGCAUCUUGACAACAGCAUUGAUUUUAUUGGGAAGCUCCUAUUUGGCUUCGAGAAUGGACCUUCGGAGCUUCAAGCUGUCAGACCUUCUGGGAAGCCUCUAGUGGACGACUGGGAUUGCCUGAAGAGGAUGGUGCGGAUCUUCGAGUCUCAUUGCGGAUCGCUCACUCAGUACGGUAUGAAGCACAUGCGAGCUUUCGCAAAUAUAUGCAACAAUGGUGUUUCCGGCACAACGAUGAAGGAAGCAAGCAUCGGUGCUUGCGGCGUUCAGAACUCCGCGAGAUGGAGCACGUUGAUCCAAGGGUACAGCGCUUGAUCAACCAACCUGCUGAGGUGCAUGCUAGUAUGUUGUUACUUGUCCUCGGCUUAUGUGAAUAUGUAGUAUUGUAUGGGGCUAUUAGUAGUGUAUCAUCAUCAAAAUAACCUUUAGGCCGACUAUAUAAGAAUGUGGCCAUGUACGUUGCUUUAGCUGUGUGAUGUAUAUUAUACCACGUACUAUUAAUCGUGCAUGGUGUGUGGUUAGCUGAACAACCAA